GUUCUCAAUCCAAAGGCAAAAUGGUUAAUGAUGGGCAAGAAAUCGAUUUAUUGGAACCAACCACAUUAAAACUUUCCGAUCUUCCAUUCGACAUCAUACACGAGAUUGUGGGAAAAAUGACAACAUUUGAAAGACUUCGCACUCGAUAUUUAUUCCGAAACUACUGCAACGCUGUGGAAACCGUUGGCUUCAAUACUGUCAAAUUUUGGUUUUCAAGAUAUUCGUCCAAAUUAAUUUUAGACGAUAUUGAGAUCAAUUACAAGGAUAUUGGUGGAUCAUGUGAUGUUUACAGUUCAGAUACAAGAAAGAAAAUCCAAGGAGGAAAUCAUUUGGAAUUGGCAUUCGGUUAUCUUCAAAGUUUUUUGAAAUCCCCACAUUUCAAAGUUGAAACUUUAUUUGUUCAUUUUUCCGAUGUAAUGAGAGAUGAAACAUUGGAAAUGUUCAAAACUAUCCGAGGCCUGCGAGUUAAAAAUGCCGUUUUUGAAAAUCUGAAUGAAUAUGAGUACGCCCAGAUUUUACAAGCUUUCAAACCAUGCAAACUACGGAAUAUAACUCUUUCAAAUUUCGGAUUUAUUAGCUUAGAGCGAGUUGUUCAUUUGAAGCAAUGGAAAGGUGCCAAAAAGUUGACAGCAAUUGGAGGAUCUUAUUCAUUGCCAAUUGAAAGUUUAUUCAAUUUCGAUGAUUUUCAUAUAGAUUUGCUCACGUUCACAGAAGAAGACGCUAUUAAAAUCAAAGACAUCCUCACUGAAUCUGAUACUUUUCGUCGUGGAAUUAUCAACUUCCCAAAUACAAAAAUGAAAAAAUUCGCAAAACCUUUCGAUACACUCUACGUCGAUGGAAAAGCCGAUUUAACAAUCAAAGCCAACAACGCAGUUUUCAAUAUUUCAUUUGGUUCUAAAUAUUUCUCAAUUAAGAAACUUGCCAAAUUUUAAUUUUUAAAUGUUACCAAAAAUUCUUUACGGUUUCAAUUAUUUGUUUUCUCAUAAUAUUCAAUAUAACCAAAUUACACUUUUUUCUGAACUUUUUGAAAUUGUUUCUGUUAGCACUUUGACCGAAUAAAUAUUGUACAAAAUG